AUGGCGAAAUGCAUUUCCCUCCAGAAUUCAACAACUUGUUCCGCGUUCAAUGUCUCAUCGAUAUCGACAACCGAUAGUACUGUGGUCGGCUACUACCCGUUCCUAAAAUAUGUUUCCAAUGUGGAGGAAUUCGACCAGCAAUUGACUACUUAUGCAAAUCAGGCUUUUGUCCAGCAGCAAUAUCAGUAUCGCAUAGGCUGCAAUGCACUCAACCUGACCGAUACCAGGGACUAUUAUGCCCGCUACACCAUCAGCGUGAUUUGCAACGGUAUUGUCCAAAACUCAAAGACCCCCUGUGGGCUCAGCGACGCUCAGUCCAGGCCACUAUGUGCGACUGCAUGUGCUUCGUAUGCGACAAGUGAAGAAGAAAUUGCAAUCAACACCCAGAUGUGUGGCACGACGCUCUCAAACUACAUGGAUCAAAUCCGUGCUGACUUUAUCGACUGUUCAAUGCCCGCCAACUCUCUGACAGGCUCAUGUAUUACCGGCGAGAUGAACGAACCGGAAAAUUGCGGUUACAGCGCUAACCUUCCUGGUCUGUGUAGCUACUGUGCAUCAAGCUCGCCAAACGCCACCGACUCUUGCUGUAUCAACUCUAACGCAUCGUCCCGAUGCUCUAAUGUCCAUAUUCCCUCAACGUCUUCUAUUCCCCCUCUCUUUACUGUCACUGCUACAGCUACUGCAAGCCCUAGCUCAACAGGUAAUUCUUCGAGUGGUUCCCAUCUCUCAGGUGGUUCAAUUGCAGGUAUUGUAGUAGGAUCCGUUGCCGGAGUUGCUAUUCUGGCGGGACUCAUAGCGCUUCUACUCUUUUGUCUGCGCAGGCGCCGCAACGCGGCAAACAAUGACAUUUUCAAUCAACCGACACCCAAAAGAAGUCACCAACCUAUGCAGAUGGCUCCCGUGGUUGCCGCACAGCGCAGCUUUGAGCCCGUACCUGGCGGUCGCGUUGCAAGGAUGUCAGCACUACAAGGCGAAGGAGACGAUUCCGAUCAUCGCAGCGCUAGCAGAGGUAUGUUUGCCGCAGCCGGAAAAUACAGCGACACGUCCGACUCGGAAGGAUUGAUUUCCAGCCCCGAAUCCCGUUCCCGACGCAGAGCACCCGUGGCCGGUAGACGCCAGGGUUCACUUUCCAGUACUUCUGUGCUGGGCACGGAUGCCGGCAGUUCACCGCAAUCUGGCACGGCUGGCCAGCUGUCGUCCCCUGAAGGCAUUGCGAGUGGGCAGUCAGAGCAACUCCCGUAUUUCCGUGAUUACUACUCACAAGAUGAUAUCCAUCCUAACGACAAGGUUGCCGUGCUAUGGGCGUACCAGCCUCGUGCUGCUGAUGAAUUCGACCUGGACCGUGGAGAUAUGUUGAAGAUUGUUGGUAUUUGGGAUGAUGGUUGGGCAACCGGUGUCCGCCUUAACGAGCGAGCAGAGGACUAUGAGGAUGAACACAACGUUCAACGCGACAGUGGAGUAUCAAGUGGGUCUCAAGCAAGACGCAGUUCAUCUCCACGGCCGCGGGGAGAAAUAAAAGCAUUUCCUCUUGUCUGUGUGUGCUUACCACAACAUUGGAGGAAAAUCAUCGACGGCGACAUGGUCCAGGAGGGAUCUCCUUAGCCUGCCUUUUGCGCUUCCGAAUCCUUGAUACGUUCUAUGCGACAUUAUGCCUUGACGAAUACGUUUAUCUUUUCCACCUCUUUAUUCUCUCCCGGCGUUCAACGGUGUCAAUUUAAACUGGUUCAAGAAGAUCCACAUAUUCAGUUAGCUCGAAGUUGCAGUCCGAGUACUCCCAUCAAACACGGCUUACGCGCACCUACGCUCGAAAGUUCUCUCUGUCCUUAGCCUUCUGUGCGUCAUUUGAUAUCUCGCUUUCUUUCGUGUCGUUUUCUCGGCCAUUUCUUAUACCCAUUUAGCGAUGAUCGUGUAUGCGGUCUCUGCAAAUCAUUUCUUACAACAUUCUUCUUUCAACAAGCCAACGCGCUCCAAUUUUCAUUCUGUUUCCCUUCUUUUUCUCUUUUCCCUUCCAUCAGAGAACGGGCUGGGUCUUCGUUUCUAAUUCUCUAAUCUACAUAAUUUUCCUUUCGGAUACAUCGAGCUCAGCCCUAGGUCGGACUUUUGUGUGUCAUCUCACGGCCUCCUUUUCUCCAUUCGUUUCUGGAUGAAUGGUCGGUUUAUGAGCAAAGAAGUCAGUGGGUGAUUGGAAAACCGAGAUUCAUAGAGACUUGAUUUUGUCACACCUGGUUCAUUAUGUAUCUAUUUACCUACCGCCUUUAUCUGUUUCCCACCUCCGCAAUUGUAUGUAACCAGCUGUAUGUAGAUACAUAUGUCCCUUUUGACUGCAAAUAUACUUAUCUAUACGUUUG